AUGGGGGACCUACACUGGGACCCAUUCAGAGCAGCAGACCAUCAUGGAGACUACUACAAAGGGACUCACACAGGAACAAACGCAGGCAACCCAUUCGGGAACACAUACACACGAAAUCCAACGCACCAGCUCCGGCACACAGACUCGAAUGCGCACAAAACCACACAGACACAGAAUACACGCGGUUACCGAAUCUCACGUUUGGAGGCCACACUGAUUCAGCUUCAAACAGUGUUUGAUAGAGCAUCAGUCUUUGUCUCUGGGUCUCUCCCUUACUGGAGCUCACACACCGGUACCCCAAUCAACAGAAACAGCCCAGGUUCUCACUGCCUGCAGGCGGCCGUCGGAGCAGGGACCCAGCGCUCCGCGAGCCUCCGCUUCCUCUACCCCGCCGCGCCGCGAGCCUACUCGGCGUGGGCAUUCACAGACCCAGUAGGAGGCUGCCGAGAGGUGUCCUCAUAGAGUCCUGCCUUCUUCCAUACCCUUCAAACGAAAAGAAAGCGAAAAGCCAACCUUUCGCCUCCAUUCUGCACACAUUUGGAGAGUGGUUGGUGGUGAGCGACCUGCGCGAUCGCUUCCCUCGCGGCAUCCCUGGACAGGCGGAGAGAGGCCAGGUGACCGAGCCCGAGGCUGAGCUUCCUUGGGAGCGAUCCAUGCCAGCCACUUCUACCUUCAAGGGGGACUCGCGGCCAGGUUUAAGCGCGAAGGAUGCGUGCCAGAGAAGCUGACUUCUAGACGACCCGCUCCGCCUGAGACCGGCAACUCAGUCCUGCGGGCUUUCGGGGUGCUCAGACCAGUCCUUAGCCAGAGGAUCUGGGACUGCACAGCUCUGGGACUCUGGAGGGGGUGGUCCGGGGGCGGGAGGCUGCCAGCAUCAGUCCAUGCCGGCCCCCUCCCUCCCUGCGGCGGUGAGGAGGGAAGGGCCAGGAUGCGAGCUUAGCACCUCCCCUAGAAAUGCAGCACUUCGCCCCCCCACCUUCCCUGCCUUCGGCGCUCCCUCUUUCACGUGCUCCCUCCCGCCUCCUUCCCAAGGGCGCCCUUCUGCCCCCAGCUCACGUCUGAAUCCCUCGGCGCCCGCUUUCUCUUCUCCUAGCCCCUUCCUCUUUUCCCCGGCCUCCGGGUAUUUCCUCUCUCCAACCCCCCACCCCCUCACCGCCUGAUUCCGAGGGGCGGGAGCGCAUUGGGCCGCGCAAGGGUGGGGGCGCCGCGCCAGCUUCGCGUAGCUGCUCUGACGCCGCUACCGCCGCCGCCGCCGCCGCCGCCGCCCUCCGCAGCCCAGCCCGCGCCCCACGGCAGCUCCGCAGUGCACUAGCCACCGCCGCCGCCGCCGCUCCGCCAGACCUGCUGCCAGCUUGCCCGGUCCAGCCCUGAGCGAGCCUCGAACGCCAGCCGAGAGGGUCAUGAACCAGAGAGCCCCGAGGCGCGGCGGGAAGAGCAAGCGGAGAUAGCGGCUUUG